AUGUUCAGUGACGAGAGCAGCAGUGAUGAUGAGCUGCAGAUCCCGUCUCCAACGACAAACAGGCAUCGAAACGAGCGGCGCGCUAGUCUGAAAAACCCGCAAGAAGACCACGACCUAGUCAUAAUGCAGUGGCCUCAAGAACAGUAUACGAAAGACCAGAAUGCGACAGGAGAGACCACCCCUGACCGGUCUUCUCCGCCUCUCUACGAAGUAGAACUGACAGCUUCCGACGAAGACGAUGAUGCAUCGGUCUUGGAGCUGGUCAUCCCGAUGCACUCCUCAAGGUACCAGAGAGUACCGACGUCAUCUCCAAAGAAAUCGAAGCCAAAGGUAGUUAAAAGAUAUUUUUGCAGCAUGAUCUGCUGUGGACGAAAGUAG